AUGAUCACAGCAAAGAGGGUUCUGAAUGAAGUUGUGACAGGUGAUGUGACGUUGUUACGUAAGUUUCUAGAAGCUGGUCAUGGCAAGACAAUGGUGUUAACUGGAGCAGGAAUUUCCACGGAUUCUGGUAUUCCGGAUUAUCGAGGACCUAACGGUGUUUACAAUCGGAAUAAAGACUUUCGUCCACUUCAGUUUCAUGAGUUUAUUGGAGCUCAUACGUAUCGUCAGCGCUAUUGGGCACGCAGUUUUUUUGGGUGGCCAAAAAUUUUUCAUGCAGAGCCAAAUCGCUCACACGACGCACUUACGCAACUCCAACGUGCAGGCGCUGUAUCGAGUAUUUUGACUCAGAAUGUCGAUCGGUUGCAUAUUAAGAGUGGUUCACACAGUGUUGUAGAGAUGCAUGGAUCACUGUACGAGGUACAGUGCCAGGGUUGCGGUGAUGUGACGUCCCGUCAAAGUUACCAAGAUAUGCUAAAAAUAUUGAAUCCAAAAGUUGUUCAAUGGACAAAUGAUAACCGAGGUCAGGGUACAGGUGACGUUGCGUCUAGCGACAAUGGAAAUCCGGAUGGGGACGUGGACAUUUUGUGGAAUUAUGACGAAUUUGUCUACCCAGCAUGCAACAAGUGCAAUGGCAUUAUGAAACCUAGAGUCGUUUUCUUUGGUGAAAAUAUGCCGGCAGUUACUCGGAUGGCUGCGCUCGAGCGCGUGAGAGAUGCGAAUGCGUUACUCGUCGUUGGCUCAUCGUUAAAAGUUUUUUCUGCAAUGCGUCUGGUUAAUCACGCACACGCUCGCAAGGUUCCUAUCGCCAUUAUCAACCUGGGACCAACGCGAGCUGACGAGCUGUGCGAACUACGCAUUGAUAAACCGUGCACGAGUCUGCUUACCGGAGUGGCAGAUUUGUAUUCGUAA